AUGUUCCCGCGGGCAGAGUCUGGAGAUGGCUAUUUGUCGAUUCCCGUGGGAACAAUCCAGAGGCCACACAAGGUCGGCAAAAGAAGCGCUAUUGAUGCGGUGCUAGAGAAUAUGGAUUUCUUUUAUGCCAUAGAAAUUGGCCUGGGAACACCUCCUCAGAACGUAACCGUCCUCGUCGAUACAGGAUCCAGCGAGCUCUGGGUCAACCCGGACUGCUCAAAUGCACCGUCCCGGCAGCAAGAGCAGCAGUGUCAGACUCUGGGCCAAUACAACCCUGAUAGAUCGAGAACGCCGCCCGUUGGUCCGUUUGGGAGCGAGGAAAUCAACUACGGCGAUCCAUCCGACUCUUCCACCCAGACCUCUGUCGACAUCACGUAUUACGCCGACGUCCUAAGCUUUGGUAAAACGCAGGUUAAGAAUCAAACCUUUGGUGUUGUCACGUCCAGCCAGGGUCAGUCGCAGGGCAUCAUGGGCCUAGCCCCAGACGUUCGAGGAGGAUUCCCUGGAGACGAGCCGUACAGCCUGUUGCUCAACACGAUGGCUGACCAGGGCGUCAUUGCGAGCCGCGUCUUUUCCCUCGAUUUGCGCCACGCGAGCUCUGAAACGGGAGCCAUCAUUUACGGAGGCCUGGAUCGCAGCAAGUUUAUUGGUUCUCUAGAGGCACGACCCAUUGUGCCGGGCAUUCAAGGCGAGACUCGCCUCGCCGUCAAUCUCACCACGCUGGGCCUUACCCUUGAUCAGUCACAGAGCUUCAACCUAAGGUCGGCCGACACAAACGUGAUGCUGGACUCGGGAACGUCGCUCACCCGCAUGCACUCGGCAGCAGCUAUACCCAUUCUCGAAGCACUGGGCGCUCAAGAUGAUGGCGAGGGCUACUAUUACGUGCCGUGCUCGACUCGCAAUGCAGGCGGCAGCGUCGAUUUUGGAUUUGGCAGCAAGACGGUUCGCGUCGCCUUUAGUGAUUUCAUCCUCUCCGCGGGCGACAGCUCAGGCGAUGGCUCGGGUGACGACGACAACUCCCUGUGCUAUGUCGGCCUUGUCCUUACUACUGACCAGCAGAUUCUGGGCGACACUGUACUGAGGGCUGGAUACUUUGUUUUUGACUGGGACAAUAAACAAGUCCACAUUGCCCAAGCCGCCGACUGUGGCAGCAGUGAUAUUGUCGCUGUUAGUAAGGGAACUGGCGCUGUGCCCAAUGUCCAAGGCAACUGUAACGCCAACGCCGCCACUGUUACAGGCACAGGUGGUCCUACGGUGACGACCUCCAACAGUGGCCCAACCGGGACAACCACGACUGUAUUCACUGUGACCUCAUGUCCAGUCUUCGACAUCGGAUGCAAAACCGGCGUCGUCACAACCCAAACCAUUGGGCAGGCCGAGGCCACGGCCUCACCCAGUGCCACCAGCACCGGGGGUGGCUCUGGCAGUGGUGGAGGCGACGAAGACGGUGGUGUGCGGCCUCAAGCUUUGACAUGGGUUCUUGUAGUCCUGGGAACUUUGACUUUGGUUAUCAACAUUGCAUAG